AUGAGCGCACUCGCAGGAAAAGUGGCCCUUAUCACUGGUGGCUCCAAGGGUAUCGGAGCUGCUCUCAGCGAGCGCCUCGCCAGCCUUGGCGCCACGGUCGCAAUCAACUACUCCUCAGACUCCUCAGCGGCCGACAAGCUGGUCGAGAAGAUCAAGAAGAACGGCCAUGGUCAGGCUACCACCGUCAAGGCCAACGCAGCCAGCAUUCCUGAAAUCGAGUCCAUGGUCGACCAGGUCGUCAAGCAACACGGCAAGAUCGACAUCCUCGUCCCAUGCGCCGGCGUUCUCCCAAUGAGGACACUGGACAAGACGUCCGAGAAGGACUUCGAUGACACAUUCGCAUUGAACGUCAAAGGACCAUACUUCCUCGCUCAGAAAGCGGUGCCUCACAUCCCAAGCGGCGGCCGCAUCGUCUUCUUCUCUACCAGUUUGACGGCCGUCUCGCAAGUUGCUCCUGGUUACCUGCUCUACAACGCCACCAAGGGAGCCAUCGAGCAGGUUACUCGUGUGCUCAGCAAGGACCUUGCAGCAAAAGGCAUCAAUGUCAACUGCGUCGCCCCUGGUCCAACAGCUACCGAGCUGUUCCUCAAGGGCAAGUCGGAUGAGAUGAUCAAGGCUAUCGGCAGCACCAAUCCGCAUGGUCGUAUUGGCGAGCCGGAUGAGGUUGCAGACGCCGUUACGCUGCUCACUGGAGAGCAGAGUAGAUGGGUCACGGGUCAAGUCUUGAGGAUCAAUGGAGGCAUGGCUUGA